GCAAAAGAACGCGCAACCUUUUUUUUUUUCUUUUCUCUUUCAUUCCUUAACUUAUUAUUCAAAAUGGGAAAUUCACAAUCUGGUAUGCCAAGAGGCAAUGACAAGAAAGACAAAGAUAAAGAUCAAAAAAAGAAAAAGUGGGAACCUCCUGUACCUACUCGGGUUGGAAAGAAAAAGAAAAGAGGUCCUGAUACAAGUGCCAAGUUACCUCAAGUAUUUCCUACUACUCGAUGUCGUUUAAAGAUGCUCAAGAUGGAAAGAGUGAAAGAUUAUUUAUUAUUGGAAGAAGAAUUUGUGCAAAAUCAAGAAAGACUUAAACCUGCUGAAGAAAGGGAUCAAGAAGAACGAACAAGAGUGGACGAUCUUCGUGGUUCACCCAUGUCUGUAGGCUCUUUGGAAGAAAUUAUUGACGACGAUCAUGUUAUUGUAUCAUCAUCAACAGGUCCAGAAUAUUAUGUAUCUGUCAUGAGCUUUGUGGAUAAGGAUUCUUUAGAACCAGGUUGUAGUGUUCUAUUACAUCAUAAAACAAUGGCUGUGGUAGGUGUACUUCAAGAUGAUACAGAUCCUAUGGUUAGUGUUAUGAAAUUGGAAAAAGCUCCUACUGAAUCUUAUGCUGAUAUUGGUGGUUUGGAACAACAAAUUCAAGAAAUCAAGGAAGCAGUUGAAUUGCCAUUAACACAUCCUGAAUUAUAUGAAGAAAUGGGUAUUAAGCCUCCAAAAGGUGUUAUCUUAUAUGGUGUUCCUGGUACUGGGAAAACUUUACUUGCUAAGGCUGUGGCCAAUCAAACGAGUGCUACUUUCUUACGUAUUGUUGGUUCAGAACUUAUUCAAAAAUAUCUAGGUGAUGGUCCUAAACUUGUCCGUGAACUUUUCCGAGUAGCCGAAGAAAAUGCUCCUUCCAUUGUAUUUAUUGAUGAAAUCGAUGCUGUUGGUACUAAACGUUAUGAUUCGACUUCGGGUGGUGAACGUGAAAUUCAACGUACUAUGUUAGAACUAUUAAAUCAAUUGGAUGGUUUUGAUUCUCGUGGUGAUGUCAAGGUGAUUAUGGCAACAAACAAAAUCGAUAGUUUGGAUCCUGCUUUGAUUCGUCCUGGUCGUAUUGAUCGUAAGAUUGAAUUCCCUCUCCCUGAUGUCAAGACAAAGCGUCGUAUCUUCAAUAUCCAUACCUCAAGAAUGACUUUAGCUGAUGAUGUUGACUUGGAAGAAUUCGUCAUGUCUAAAGAUGAUCUUUCUGGUGCUGAUAUCAAGGCUAUUUGUACAGAAGCUGGGUUGUUGGCAUUACGUGAACGUCGUAUGAAGGUAGUGGCCGAAGAUUUACGAAAGGCUCGUGAAAAGGUGUUGUAUAGAAAGAGUGAAGGAACUCCUGAAGGUCUUUAUCUUUGAUUUUUUUUUUAUGAUUGUUUUUAUUACUAUUAUUCAAAAUCCCCCAAUAAAAAAAUUAUUAGUACUUUA